AUGUCAGUAUUUGGUAGGCUACAGCAAGCAGCCAAACGGAAUACCUUUCUCUAUGUAGGAGUUCCCUUCCUUGGACUCGUAGCUCUAGUGACCUAUGGAUUCUCAAACUUGACUCAAGUUCGCUAUGAUUUGCAGCAAAAGAGGGUCACCACUGUCAGCAAGGAAGAGCAAUUGGGACUAGAUCGGAAUCGUAAGAGGCUAACGAUGCAGCAAGCUUAUUGGGACAUCACUCGCAAAAAGAACUUGGACGAUUGGGAUCUUGUCCGAGUUCCAGGAAGAAAAGAGGAUGAAUCUUAA